AUGCGCACUUCUUUACUAGCCCUUGGCUUUACCGCCGGAGCUCUUGCUCAAACAGCUACUUCAUAUGUGGACACCAACACAGGUAUCACAUUCCAAGGUGCUACGGACACCACUGGGUUCAAGUUUGGUAUGGUCAUGGAGGCCAAUGCUACGUCUGACUUCAUCGGUCAAAUCGUCUUUCCAAGCACAGCUGGCUCAGGCUAUGGAGGUGUUUCAUUAACUGGUUCUAUGGUUGGUAGUAUGUUGAUUGUCGCCUGGCCUAGUGGAACUGAUGUUAUCGCAUCGCUGCGCGAGACUAGUGGAUAUACUUCUCCAGGUGUCUACGCGAACAACACGGCACAGCUAUUGCCGAUUGCGAACGGUACCUUUGUCAACUCAACUCAUAUGUCAUACACUUUCCUUUGCCAGGCUUGCAUUGGCAACACUUAUACCAUGGCUGCUGGUGCUAGCCAAGUCAUCGUUGGAUGGGCUCUUGGCAAUGGCACUGUUACAAAUGCUGCAUCUGCGAAUGAUGCGACUUUCACCUACCACGGUACUGGAUUUGGUAAUUUUGCUAUCCAAACCGCCAGUGCUGUGAACAUCAACUACGCCACAUGGGUUGCCACGGCUAGCAAUGUCACUGCAAGCAAUACAGCCGCAUCUAACUCCACCAAAGUUUGCUCAAACAAUGCCGUGUCUACUUCUAACUCAACCUACGACUAUAUCAUCGCGGGUGCCGGCCCAGCGGGUAUCAUAGUCGCAGAGCGUCUCGCAGAGAGUGGUGCAUCUGUCUUGAUGUUGGAAAGAGGAAAUGUUUCCACUUAUGCAAGUGGAGGUAGAGCCACUGUCCCAUGGAACGACACCGUUACCCAAUAUGAUGUUCCUUCCAUGGCAUACUAUCUCACAACCGCCUCUGUCAGUGAUGAAUACUGCCCGGACACUGCAUCAAUGGCUGGAUGUCUUCUUGGAGGAGGAACUAUGGUCAAUGCACUGAUGUUCGUCCGCCCACAAAAAGUUGAUUUCGAUGACAAAUGGCCAACCGGAUGGAAAUGGACCGAUGUCAGUGCAUCCGCCGAUCGACUUUACGAGCGUAAUCCAGGUACUACCAAUCCUACUGCGAACUCUCAACGAUAUGACCAAAGCGCAUGGAACGUUUUCUCUUCAUUCUUGGGUGGCCUUGGAUGGUCCGAAGUUGAUGCUAUCAAAUCACCAAACGAGAAGACUCAAGUUUACUCUCAUCCCCCAUGGGAUAUCCAGGAUGGUCUUCGUGCUGGGCCAGUCAAGUCUUACUACCCUCUUGCUACUGCUAUGACCAACUUCAAGGCUCAAUUCAAUACCAUGGUUGUUAGAGGCAUCCGAAGCACUUCCAACAGCACGAGCUCCACCUUCUCUGGUGUUGAAGUUGAGAACUCCAGCAGUGGUGUCCGUCAAAUCAUUAACCUUAAUACAGGUGGUAAACUCAUCCUCGCUGGUGGAGCCAUGUCUACUCCCCGUAUCUUGAUUAACAGUGGUAUUGGUCCAGCUGAUCAGAUUAACAUCGUUAAAAAUGGAAGCAGCUGUGUUACUAUGCCAGUUGAAUCUGACUGGAUCAACCUUCCGGUUGGAAAGAAUCUCAAGGACCACCCAAUCUUUACCCUUGCUUUUAACAUCACCGGUUCUAUAGCUAGCAACGCCACCUCCAUGAUGUCGACUGAUUUCACCUCUCCAAGCACCGCCAAUGUUGAUCUCUUUGCCCAACAGAGUGGUCCACUCGUUCAGUCCGGUCAAAGAUUAAACUUCUGGACAUCCCUCAACACCACUAAUGGCAUCAAAUACUUCCAAGGAACCUGUAACUCCCCCGCUGAAGGUCAAGUCCGCAUCAAGCUCUACCUUACCCACGGUUUGACAUCAACCGGCGUUCUUGGAGUCACCAGCGCCGGCGCUACAGAAUUUACGACUAACCCAUGGAUGAACACCGCUGACGAUCGAUCCGCCAUGGAAAACAUAAUCGACUACUUCCUCAACGCCGCUAAGAGCAGUACUAUACUCAAACCCACCGAUAGCAGUAUCACUGGUUCUUCUUUGGUCUCUGCUGGGAAUUACGUUACUGGUGCUCAUUUCACCGGUACUACUAUUAUGGGCGAAAGCAAUGACGGAUCUUCCGUCGUUGAUACCGAUACCAAGGUUUGGGGAACAGAUAAUCUUUUCGUGGUGGAUGCCUCUAUCCAUCCUGAUUUGCCCACUGGUAAUACUCAGGCUAUUGUUAUGGUUGCUGCUGAGCACGCCGCGCAGAAGAUCUUGGCGUUGAGUGGAAAGACUAUUUCUUCUAAUAACACUACUACUCCUUAUCCAUCUGGUCGCAACAGUACUUCCCCGGGCUCGACUACCUCGGGAGCUACAACAUCUGCUUCCUCGACGGCUACUAGCGUUGUUGUUGGUGGUGACGAUGAUGAUGAUGAUACCUGCCCAUUUGGCUACGAACUUGAUGAAUAG